GUUGAAGAUGAUGAAAGAAGGAAAAAUAGUUCUCAGAUGCAAACAUAGCAAAAAAUGGCCUAAGGUUGUUGGCGGUGAAAGAAUAUUUUCUCGCCUAUCAUGAUUACUACAACGACGAAGACGAUCGAAACAUAUCUUUCAAUUAUUUGAAAUCUUCUUGAUCGAAUUUGUUUGUCUUCUCUCUCUCUCUCUCUCAUUAUGAAUACUCAACAUCUAUCGAGGAUCUCAGCAUCUAUCAGAAAAAUAAAAAAUUAUGGCCGUAGGUGGUUUAGGCGGUGACUCACAAAAGGCCCCACAACAGGCUUCGAGGGCGUCCUCGCGGCCACCCUACUAUCCCGAUGCGGGGACGGACGAGGAUAGAUGUGCGCUGUCGGAGGUCUUCGAGGGACUUACCAUUAAGGCUCACAGUGAUUCAUCUUAAGAAGCAUCUUACUACUUUGGCCCUUUAUUUUUACAGGGGAAUGCACGCCAAAGAUGCUUUUCAAGAUGGAUACAAGUAAGGGCUAAUACCAUCACCGAUUGUCGCGGCGCAAAAGAUCUCUUCCACGUCUACAACCCAACGGCGAUUGUCAUCUUAUGAAGAUCGUUUCUUAUUCUUACUUUUUUGGUUUGCUUCCGGUUUUUCGGAUUUGUAGAAACGAUCCGGAUGAGAUAUGUGUUGAUGAAGAACCUUGUUUGUUUUUGUUCUAGUCUUAUGAUUGUGUUGUCCUAUUAUACUAGUAUCUAUAAUUAUCUAUAAUGUUAUAAAGCAUUUGGAAGACCCUUCCGCCCUGCCCCGGCGUGUGUACAACCCGGGGGCACGUGGGCGGUAAUUAUGUUCCACCUAUAAGUAUAUUCUUUGUCAAAGUCCCGAACUUAAUGCACCACCUUCGGCUACGCCCACUCUUCUAAUCCUCGUCGGCUGUCCACCAGUAGUGGUGAACAAUAUUCUAGACGCAGCAAAAAAAGCUGGAAUGGCGUCCUCCGUGAACUACGUGCCAGAAAUCAAGGCUUCGCCAUCAAGAAAGGGCAAAGAGCCAGAAGGCCACUCAUCUGGUAGCGAGGAUGUCGAUGAACAGGAGAGUCCAACGACUAUGAUACCUAUUUGCGUUUCUCAUUUCAUGUGCAGGUAUCUAUCGUAAACAAAAACACCAAUCUCAAUGUUGAUCAUCAUGGUGUAUAUUGUUCCUCAUUAUUCAAUUUAGGUUUUCUAGACGCUUCGAGUACUUCUCAUAAGGUUUUUUUGUCCUUGACUUCCUUGAUUCUGGGUGCAGUACUGACUCAAGAUCUACGUAUACAUAGUGUGCUUGUAUUCGAUUACUCUCGACGCUUCUAACUCGAAAAGUCCAGUCCCGACUAAGCUAGCGGCAGAGGUUUUAGCCACUGGGAGGUCACCUUCGGGUACUUCUCAUAAAGGGGAAACGGCUAUCCUCGCUAUGGACGGUGCGGAGGACAAGGAAGUCGAUAUUACUAUGACCUAUAAGAACAAGAAGACGCAAGCUGCAGCAGUACAACCUACCUCCCCAACGACGGGUACUAUCGGCUCAAAAAGAAAAGGUGGCAACGAGAAUGAAGGUCCAGUCACAGUGGGUCGCAAUCUCAUCGCGGCACCGGGCGUCAAGCAAAUAGUCCAGAAUACUGAGAAUAAUGUUAUGGCACGAUAAAGACUACUGCACAAACAGGAGCGAGAGUUUUCGUGACAAAUAAUGUAAGUCAAAAUCUAUCAAUUAAUAGAUCCGUGUUAGGAGCUGCACGGGGUGAACUACAGUACUAGAUUUUUAGAUCAUUUUUUACUUAAGUACAAGAACAGAUAUUCUUAUAUACUUCUUUCUCUUUCACUUUCCUCCAAAAAUUUCACUUUUCUCGUCAAUCUCUAACUCCCUGCACGACAAUCUUCACCCCGGCGCAGCUAGUAGAAAAGGUCCUUCGAAACACAUGCAUGGACCUGGGAAGAAUGAUGGAGAAGUGAUCGAAUUCUACAGAAUGCGAGACGUCAGCAUGCAAGGCCUAGACUUAAGGGUUCUUCACCUGAUCCAUCAUCGGAAGCAUCUUGAAGCUGUUCCGCAAGUAUUCGAAAAACUGAAAUAACCGAGUUGUAACUAUUGAAAAUAAGGGAGAUCAUACUGAAAGAAGAGGAAUGUAGUCAAGCCUCUCUUAUUUCAGUCAGUAGCUCGCUUAUUUUGAGUUUUCGAAUAGGAGAAAGGAGCAGUGCCCGCCCAAGAUGUUGCGUCGUCUCAAGAUGGAGGAUAAGGGUGAGCAGCUCUAAUAGACGUCUUACCUGGAGCACCGGACGAGGACGAUGCUGAUUUUAGGGGUGUUGGGAAUGCAUCAUCUCCAAGUGAGUCAUCUGGAAGAGAAAGACAAGAGGAAGAAGAAUCCUUCUCGAAAGCAGAAAAGGGAGUAGAUCAUGGUAUGAUUUAAACUUUGACUUCUAGGAAUAAUCAAAAGCGGGGAACAAGGGUUUUCAUUGAUUCGAAACAUCAUGAUGAUGAUCGUUUUUCUUCUUCUUCUUCCGUCUAGAAGUGUUCAGGAACCAUCAAUUCGAAACAAGUUUUAGAUUUAAAUUAGAUUUCCUUUCAACAUUCGAAUUCGAAAUCUGACUGACAACUCAACACCAGGUGUUUUCAACCUUAAUUACAACGCAAAAAUGACGGAGUGGACGCAUAGUUUUGGCACAAGCACGCCCUACAUGAACAGGAACAGUGCAGAGUUUGCGCCAGCUCCAAGAUCACCAGAAACAGCACAAUUAAGGCCAGUUUUCGCCUCCUUUGAACCGUUUCCCACUCUGAAUUCUGAGAAGAUGGGCUAAGUGUAAGUACAACUUAGGAAAUGAAUUAUUGUAGUACCCUCUUCUAACAGAAGGGAACGUCGUAGACCCGAUGCUUCUCAAGGUAAAGUCGCCAGAAACUCCAGCCAAUGUCAUCCGACUACAGAAGACGGAGAAGGGAAAUCGCGAUCGUGGCAGUUCGCUGGACGAAAGCGCGUCAUCAGAGACGGAUGAUAGUCGACCUGUGAUGUUGGUAGAUGUUAAGGCUUCCCCUAGUCCAUCUCCCUGGAGGUCUCGCAGCCGUAUGGCUCCCAAUACAAUGGAGAUAGUAACGCAUACGCCUGCGGGAUCCCCACCGGGAUGAAUUGGGGGAAGCUCUAAAGAUGGAACGCCAGGAGUGAAAAUCACAGUCCACGGCUUGCAGUAUUUGGAGCAAACUAUGCGGUCACUGGAGGAUUGCUUGUUCUGGCUCAAGCAAAAAAUCGGAGACUGUGCAGCAUGUCGGGAAGAGGCACUAUUUAUCUUUUUUGUUGUUUUUUCAUCUUGAUUAAAUAAGAUUCGUAAUAUGUCUUUUUACAUGAUUGAUGAAGAUGAACGUAGUAGUUACAAUUGAUACAUGAUCAUGCAGCACGACCCUAACCGUAUUUGGAUCUUCAAUCCUUUGGUGUACUACAACGAUGAAAAAUCUUACCCUUUCUAAAAAUUCUCCCAGGUGCAAAAAGCCGCUGUCAUUUGCCCUACAGGCGGUCUCCAAGCUCCCGUGGUCGUCAUUUGCUUCCUCAUGCGUUAUCGAUGUCUCACUCUCCUCGAAGCUUUCGACCUCGUGUACAGAGCUCGCCGAUCUGUGUGGCCCACUCCCUUUGCCAUGCUUCUCAUGAUCGCCUAUGAGAAAAGCUUGUUUCGGAAUAAUAUCAAGCACACCUCAACGACCAUGGCGCAAUUGGCGGCAAGAAGAAAAUCAAGUGAAGAUGACAAGUCAACAACGGCGUCAAGAGCCACGCCAUCGACAAGAACAGGAGGCUCAACAUCACCUCUGCAAAGCUCAGCUGCCAGUUCACCUUCUGCAGUGAGGAACAGAACAGAAUCACGAGGAGAUAGAGGACCAUCUUUCAUGGGAGGACGAACCAAGAGCAGUGUCGUGUUAUGAUGGUUCAUCUAAGUACGAAAGUACAUUUCUUAAACUAAAACUGUAGUACUUCUACCACAUCCUAGAAGAUCAUGUAAUAACAAUAACAUCGAAUCCAAUUGACCUUCUAUCCCACCGCUUUUUUUCUAGGAUCCUUUUUUCGAAAUCACCACAUUGACGAGAACUACUGCAUCGGAACAAACUAGCCCUUAUAACAAUAACAUCGAACAACCCAAAUUGACCUUUGAUGAUCCCACCUGCUCCUCUUCUAACCUAGUACGACAAGGCCAAACUACGGGCAAGUCCUGCCGAUGUUGUAUGGUCCCAGGUGUUACCCAACAGAUCGCAAGUCCCGACGAUUGACUAUUCCGAUUACGUGGAUUACACCCUUUUCUCAGAGCCCGAAUUGGACAAAUUGAUGCAAAUCGAAGCAGAAACAUUGAAUCAAUUACAAGCGUUCUAA